AUGGCGACUGAGGCCAAGCAAAUGUUAGAAAAGCAAGUGGAAGCCAUGCUAGCGUUGGUGAACUUGAAUGCCAGGGCAGCUGGCAGCAGUUGCUCACUCACUUCCCUGACCCCAGUCCUUCUGACAGAAAAGGAAGGGGGGCAGCUGCUGCCAGAUGAGGUGCUGGACGAGGCUGUGCCAGGGUACCGGGCCCCGGGGAGGAAGAGCCUCCUAGAGAUCCAGCAGCUGGACCCAGACGAUGAGAGCCUGGCCAAGUACAAGCGGGUGCUUCUGGGUCCCCUGCUGCCGGCCGUGGACCCAAGCCUGCCCAACGUGCAGGUGACCAGGCUGACUCUGAUGUCUGAGCAGGCUCCCGGGCCCAUGACCAUGGACCUCACAGGGGAGCUGGCUGCACUGAAAAAUCAGGUGUUCGUCCUGAAGGAGGGUGUUGAUUACAAAGUGAAGAUCACCUUUAAGGUCAAUAAGGAAAUUGUCAGUGGCCUCAAGUGUCUGCAUCACACCUACCGCAGGGGCCUGCAAGUGGACAAGGCUGUGUACAUGGUGGGCAGUUAUGGCCCAAGAGCCCAGGAGUAUGAGUUUGUAACUCCGGUGGAGGAGGCGCCAAGAGGCGCCCUGGUGAGGGGCGCCUACGUGGUCACAUCCUUCUUCACUGAUGACGACAGGGCAGACCACCUUUCCUGGGAGUGGGGCCUCCACAUCUGCCAAGACUGGAAGAGCUGAGCGCCCACCCCCCUGCCCUGCUCCAGGACCUGUCUCCCCACUCGGGGUCCUUGUUCCCUCUGCCUCUGUCAGUCACUGCACAGGGACCCUCACGCAUUCUCCAGCCCCCUCAGUCAGUGACCAGCCCUCUCAUGCCCUCUGCCCCGUCUCAGGACACCCCCUCCCGGGCCUGGCGCUGUGCCCUGAAUAGCCCUAUUAAACUCCACCUGUCUCAGUG